AUGUGUAAACAUUUCGGAUUGGUAAGUAACGCUGAUCACGUUACUGGAUCAUUGCAUGUAUUUGUACCAGGUCGGCAUCCGGAUUUUGUUUUCUCUUCACAAGAACGGGUAGGAAAUUCCAAAUUGCAAGUUGGCGAUUUUGUAUCUUUCGUUGAAGUUGGUGGUGUUAUCAAAUCGCUUUCUAGGAUUGAUGAUGUUUUCGAAAAACGUCAUAAGAAUGGUGUUUUGCAGGUAAAAGUCUCUGUAGCUUUCCCACCAGAAUGCACUCAUCCGGAAACUGGUUUGAUGUCAGGAAUGCUUGCGUGGUCUCCUGAUUUCGCGUUCAUAGGAUGCCUUGAUAUUUGUGUUUCUGAUUAUAAUUCUAACCAAAUGUACAUGGCUUGGAUUCAGAGGUGUGUUUAA